CAUAUGAUUGGCAUCACCAAAGAUACACUAUAACAUAAGCCAAAUGCUUACCCAUUAAAUUAAGUAGUUUGAAUACAUAAAUUCAAGAUACCAUUGUCUUUAACUAUUCAUUAAAGUUUUGUUUACUUCCAUCAUCAUUGCUUUACGAUUUCUCUCCUUUCACAGGACAGCUUUGGAAUUGUUUACUUGAGAGAAACGGUUAAAUUUCACAACUAUCCAACCAGAGACAUCACCAUUAAUUACUCUGUUUUUUUAACACAAGACGCAUGCUUAAAAUCAAUUGAAUACCACUACUUCCCAAAGAUAUUCAGCAACCGUCUUUUGGUUUUAUUCAUAAAACCCAACAGAAUUUUCCCAUUCUUUUAGAUCAUCUCUUCAUGUGGGUAUUCCAUGCCUAAACAGAGCAGAUAUCUGGUCGGCAGUUCGAGUCCCGUGAACAUCAUCAAGCCUGUGUUUUUUUCAUUUUUCAGCAUUAACCCAGAUAUCUGGUCGGCAGUUCGAGUCCGCGAACAUCAUCCAGCCUGUGAGCAUGUUAACCCCAGGAAGACUCUACCGUUACGUUUAAGAUAAUCUUAAAAAAUCCAAUUGAUUAAAUGCACGCCAUAUAACAAUGCCUCUGCUUUAAGAUCACUCAUAUAAAUUCACCAAAUCUCAUCCUUCACCAUUGAUUUUAUAUGCAGUUCUCUAUUUCAAGGUGUGUAUCAGAGACAAAUGGAGGAGGUAAGAGGGUUUGUAAUGGAAGAGGCAAAGAAAGCAGAUAGCCUGGCGGUCAUGUGGAGGGAAAUCCAGGGGGCCAACAACUGGGAAGGGCUGCUGGAUCCCUUCAAUCCAAUUCUGAAAAAAGAGGUUAUCAAGUAUGGAGAAUUUGCACAGCUGUGCUACGAUUAUUUUGACUGUAACGCGUAUUCCAAAAACUACGGCAAGUGUAGAUACAGUCGCAGGGAAUGGUUUCAGCAGGAAGAAGUGCCCUCCUACGGAUACGAAAUCACAAAAUACGUAUAUGCCUGCACGCAUGUACAUUUGCCCAGGUAUUUUCUGAGGUGCUUAGCCCCGGUCACAUGGAAGAGCGAGGCUACUUGGAUGGGGUUUAUUGCAGUCGUGAAGGAGAAAGAAAAGAUUGAGAGACUUGGGAGAAGAGACAUUGUGGUCGCAUGGAGAGGGAGUGAAACCUCCUUGGAAUGGGUGGAAGACCUCCACAAUUGGCUUGUCCCUGCAGGAUUUGAGGAUGAAGAAGAGGAUAAUGAAUCUAUAAUGGUGGAAAGUGGUUUUCUUAAUGUAUACACUGCUGAGAUUAAGAAUGCUAAGCAUAAUCAUAGAAGUGCUCGAGAGCUUGUGCUUACAGAGAUAAGGAGACUUCUUCAAGAACAUAAAAAUGAGGAGCUAUCCAUAACAUUAUGUGGCCAUAGUCUAGGUGCAGCCCUUGCAUUAUUGUCUGCUUAUGACAUUGGUCUCAUGGUGGCCAACUUAAAAUGCCAUAUUUCUAUAACAGUGUUUGCAUUUGGGUGCCCUAGAGUAGGGAACAAGACCUUUGUAGAUAGGAUCGAUUCCCUUAAUAUCAAGGUACUUCGUAUAGUUAAUGUUAAUGACAUGGUCACUAGGGUACCUGGUAUAAUGCUAAAUGAGAAUAUUCAAUUACUUAAUUUUCUAAAGUUUGUUUUGGAUUGGAUCCCUCUAUUUUAUUACCAUGCAGGUGUGGAGAUAUAUGUGGAUAGUGAAUCCUCUCCCUACCUUAAGCAUACUAGGAACCUUGUCUUUCAUCAUAGUUUAGAAGUAUAUUUACAUCUUUUAGAUGGAUCUAUUGGAGAAGGAAAGGCCUUUCGUUCUGCUGGAAGAGACCCUGCUCUUGUUAAUAAGUAUUGCGAUUUAUUGGUUGAUAAACUCUUCAUUCCACCCUAUUGGUGGCAGGAAGCUUAUAAAGGAUUAGUGAAGAAUGAAGAGGGGAGGUGGUCUCAAAGGAAUAGAGAAGAAGAUAGUGAUGAUGAUACUUCUCAAUGUGAUUGAAUCUUGUAAUACUAGUAAUAUUUAAUAUAGUAUAAAAAGGUUUAAAUU